GUCGCGCGCGGAUUGAGUCAAGUGAACCUACCGAGAGGUGGUGUUGACCGUCAGCAGCAGGUUUUCAGUAAGAAACCUGAGAAAUCUAACUUCCUUAAGUAACUGACAGUAAGGCCGAGACCUUCAUUUCCAACGGAAGGGUCAGCGGUGACGCAGUCGAGGCGACGCGAGAGAGAGAAGAAAGUAAAUCCCGGAGGGAGAGCGACCGAAGUGAGCUUGAGGAUCCGAGCUAAUGCUAAGUUAGCCAGCCGUAGCUUAAGAAUUAACACUUUAACUCGGGUCGUUUCAUCCGUCGCUUGCUUCGACAUAACGACUGUGGUUACAGAGUAGACAGUCAAGACAAAUUGUUAGCUUGUAUGUUACAUUUCACCUAAAUAGUGAGGUGUUUUGCCUUCACAUUUUAGGCCACAAACGACCCGUAGUCAAGAGUAGCGUUAGCUCAGUAGCCGGUCUUUUUGAGGUUAAACCUGCUCCGCGAUCUUCGGGACAGGUGAUAUUGCUAAAGAUAGUUCUCUUUCAAAGGCACUUCACGUCGUGAAGUAUCACUGCUUAUAACUUAGCUUAACCUUACAAUCGGUAGGGUCAACGCCUUUUGCUUUGCAAUGCUGAAACAGCAACAGCAACCGGGCUCAGGCGGGAGAAAAGCGUCCAACGGAACCUCGGGCCCCGUCGGUAUGUCUCCCCCGGUCAGCGGCAUCAUCAGUGGCAACAGGGCACCGGCCGGGAGGAAUCGAACUUCUGUAAAGCCAACAUUCCAGUCAUCCCCUGUGUUCGAGGGUGUGUACAACAAUGCCAGAAUGCUUCACUUCCUCACAGCUGUUGUCGGUUCCACCUGUGACAUAAGAGUGAAGAAUGGCAGUGUAUUUGAAGGCAUAUUCAAGACUCUCAGUUCUCGGUGCGAGUUGGCUGUGGACGCUGUACACAGACGCAGCGAGGAGGAGAGCUCAACAUCACUUCUGCCACGGCGGGAGGAUAUCACUGACACGAUGAUCUUCAGCCCCUCAGACCUUGUGACUAUGAUCUGCAAAGAUGUUGACCUCAACUAUGCUACCAAAGACACCUUCACGGAUACAGCCAUCAGUUCCACUCGCGUUAAUGGUGAACACAAGGAGAAGGUUUUGCAGAGAUGGGAGGGAGGAGACAGCAAUGGAGAGAGUUACGAUCUGGAAAACGAUGCAUCCAAUGGCUGGGAUGCCAAUGAGAUGUUCCGUUUCAAUGAAGUAAAAUAUGGAGUCACGUCAACAUAUGAUGCCAGCCUUUCCAUGUAUACUGUGCCGCUGGAGAAGGGCAACACCGACACGUUCCGUCAGAGGGAGGCGCGUGCCGCCCGCCUGGCCAACGAGAUCGAGGCCAGCCCCCAGUAUCGCCAUCGCGUCGGCCUUGAAAACGACGAGGGCAAAAGCGAGGAGGACAAAUUCAGCGCCGUGGUGCGGGACGGCAACGACCGCGAGAGGGGUCGGGAAAGCCCCCGUGACAGAGAGCAGCGCGAGAGGGGCCGGGACAGCCCCGGGGCCAACACCAGCAAAUACAUUCCACCUCAGCGACAGAGAGAGAUGAACCGGGAGCGAGGUCCUGGUGGGCCCCCGCCCCACAACCGUCUGAGCGGGGGUUAUCGGUCCAACCCGCCGUCCUCCUCCUCCCCCAGAGCCCCACUGCCCUCCGCUGCUGGGCCGCAGUCGGGCGUCUCCCCGUCAGACAGAAACAGCCCCCUGUCGGGUCGAGGUGGCGCCUACCCGCCCCACCACUCCCACGGGAGCCCGAGCCCCAACGCCGGCCCGUACGCGCCGGCCCCCCAAGGAGGCCCGGCGGCCUCGGCUUCCGCCGCUGCGUCUCCGUCCAGCCCCCCUGCUCCCCACGGACACGCGGUCCCUCACUCCCACUCCCUCCCACACUCGCUGUCUGACACCGGGCGGCCCGUUAAUGGAGUCUCUAUGAGAACGUCACCUAAAGCCCAAAGACCUCCACAGUCGGGCAGAACAGUCCGUACUUCAAACUCUCACGCUCAGUCCACAGCUGCUCGUUCCCCGAAAUCAGGUUCUUCCCAGGACACGCCUUAUUUGGACACCUCGUCCGUCUCUAUGCCUCCCAUGAAGACGUCUGGCCCCGCCCCCCUCUUCCCUGUCGAUGUGAAUGAGAUUCUUGGCGCAGCUGCAAAGGAACGCGCCGCAGAGAGCCUGAGCAGCACAGAGGACGGCAAGAACACUAAAGCCCCUUCUGUUCAGCAAAGGUCGCAGAUUGAGGAGCUGCGUAAAUUUGGCAAGGAAUUCAGGCUCCAGCCGAGUGGAGGCAGCGGCAGUUCGCCCAGCUCCCCGGCGACUGCGAAUCCGCCUGCCGUCGGAGAGGUCGCUGCACCCGGCGCCGCCCAGCCCUCGCCGUCGGACGCCCACCCCGCCUCGGAGCCCAAAGCCCAGACUCCGGCUCCCAGUCCAUCGCAGCACCAAGCUCAACCUUCCCCGGCCGCUGCCGUGGACGCCCACCAGGACGCCGCGACUACUCCCGGCGCCGCGACAAGCGCCAGCCCGGCACCCGACAGGCACUCGCCAGCCACCCCGCGGCCUGCAAGGACCCCGGGAGGCGACGAGGCCAGGUCGGAGGUACCGGAGCGGACGGAGGGGAUGCCAGAGCAAGUAAAGAAAUCAACCUUAAACCCCAACGCUAAAGAGUUCAACCCCAUUAAGCCUCUGCCUAUGACGAAGCCCAACACUGCGCCCACCCCCCCUCGGCCAACUCCUCCCAGCCCGGUGGUCCUUCAGCACCCGGGUGCACAGGGACAACUGUACAACGCCCCCUACCUCUCCUACGUGUCACAGAUCCACUCCGUGCAGCCCCCACAAAUGUACCAGUACACCAUGUCUACAGUCAGCCAGGGGAAAUACCCCAGGACCAAAGGCCCCGUCGUGGCGCAGCGCUCGGAUCACGGCUCCUCAGGGCAGCCCAUGCUGCAGGCGGCAACGUCUGCGACUGGGGCCCAGAUGGUGGCGUCGCCCUACCCCCAGUCCUACCUUCAGUACAACCCGCAGCAGUACAGCCAGCAGCAGGUCAUCCAGGCCAUGGCGCCCUACCCCGGACAGCUCUUUUCCCCCCCUCUUCAGCCGAUGUACUCCAUGCUGCAAGGUGGAGCUAGGAUGAUCAGCCAAGGUGGGGGUCCCCACCCGCAGGCCUUGGGACCACCCGGAGGCCCCCAGUUCUCCACGCAGGGAGACGGCUCUCAGGGACCGCAGCAGGGAAUCUACGCUCCACAGUCCUUCGCCCACCACGCGGGCCAAGUGCAUCAGCCGCAGCCCUCCAGCACGCCGACAGGCAACCAGCAGCCUCCGCAGCACGCUGCGCCUAGCCCUGGACAGAAUGCCCAGUCAGGCCCACAGCCCCAGUCCAUGUACCACUCAGGUCCCCUUUCGGCACCCACCCCACCCAACAUGCCGCAGGGCCACACGUCUCCACAAGGCGGUUACCCCAUUCAGGGCUACAGCAUCCACAGCCACCAGGGAAUCCCACAGACGUACCCCCUCGGGCAGAUAACACAGGCCCAUGUACAGGGAGCCAUGCAGGGCCCCCACCACUCGGGGAGCCACGGUCAGCCCCAGUUAGUGAUGUUGCAGCCGCCUCCUCAGCAGGGCCCCGGCUCUGUGCCGCAGCACCCCCAGCAUGGGCCGCAGCAAGGAGCGCACCAACACUUUUACAUCGGCCACUCGCCAGGCAUGAACCCCAACAUCCCCGCCGCCUGCUGGAUGUUGGCCCAGACGGAACGCGACUCGUGAGAAACAAACUGAACUGAUGGAGAAGUCUUAGAGCACCUUAUUCUUCUGCUGCAGCAUUCAUCAGUGAAAACACUUGCUGAGGACCUUCUUU